AUGCCAGCAGAAAUUAUGAUCGACACCGGUGCAAGUGUUGACAUUAUUGACGAACACGCCCUUUUACGAAUGCAAAAAUAUUCACGCAAGACAAAUCAGCCCCCCAUUACUUUAUGUAAGACAAACACAAAGGUAUACGGAUACGGCGCGAAAACACCUCUGCCUAUCGUUGGAAAAUUUGACGUCGAAAUAGAAUCGUCGACUCGUAUUGUUGUGACCACAAUAUAUGUAAUGCAAGGGACAUGUGGUUCGUUCCUUAGCUACGAGACAGCCUUAGCCUUAAACCUUAUCAAGUUAACUAUUAAUGCAACAGAAAAUCAACAACCGGAAGUUCAAGAAAAAAACAAACUGAAACAAUCACUAGACAAAUACAAUGAUAGAUAUCAUGGAGUUGGAAUAUUAAAAGACUGUCAAGUUCAUCUUCAUAUCAAUGAAACUGUUACACCUAGUGCCCAACCACACCGAAGAAUCCCGUUUCAACUUCGAAAGGGACUUGAACAAGAAUUAAUACGAUUAGAACAUGAAGGCAUAAUAGAAAAAGUACAUGGUCCAACCCCAUGGAUGUCUCCACUAGUUGUGGUACCUAAACCAAAAAAUCAAGAAAAGGUACGCCUCUAUGUUGACAUGUGCGUUGCCAACAAAGCGAUAGAGAGAGAACGACACAUCACACCCACUAUCGAUGACCUUAUUAACGACUUAAAUGGAACAACUGUUUUCUCCAAGCUUGAUCUAAACCAAGGCUACCACCAGCUAGAACUGGCACCUGAAUCACGGUACAUAACAACAUUUGCUACACACAAAGGUCUGCGACGCUACACAAGAUUGCCUUUUGGAGUUACCUCAGCAGCGGAAUUGUUUCAAACAACCAUACAGCAAAUUCUCGAGGGCAUACCAGGUGCACGAAACAUAAGUGAUGAUAUUAUCAUAUAUGGCAGAGAUCAGGAGUCACAUAACCAUGCUUUGGAAGCAGUUCUCCAACGCCUGCAAGAAAUGAACUUAACCCUCAAUGCGCCUAAAUGUGAAUACAACAAGCCAUCCGUAGAAUUUUAUGGUUAUAUCUUUUCUAAAGAUGGUGUGUCUCUAGAUCCAAAGAAAGUCGAAACCUUCCAACAAAAUCAGUCGGUGCUCCACAGAAUCCAACAGAAGUGA